AUGGAUCACAGGCUUCCAUCCGGCGUACUUAUUCAAAUACUUUCUAAAUUUGUUACGCCAUACCCUUUAGCAGAAGUUGCGAGUGAAUUGCUAAUUGACUACUGGAAGCUCUUUAAUGGUUUUUCUCCUCCAUGUGGUAAUACUCAGAUCGCCCAGUUUUGUGCGGAGAAUUUCGCUCUCAAAUCUCAAGUGCUUCUUUCUAGAGUGCUGUUAUGUAAAUGCCCUCGCGGAGCAGAACACAUCUACAUUACGCUAACAGCCCCCUGCCCGGGUUCCGACCGCACUCCCUGGAGAUCCCGGUUCGGGGAGUUGAGGUCCACACCUCUGCGUGACCCUGCUCCCGGUUUGGAGUCGUUUGUAUUCACGCUCCGUCGACCUAGCUUUGGUUUGGGAGAAUCGGUUCUCUGGGGAGUGCAGGAGAAGGCAGUGUGUUCCAAGUACGAAACUUCCAUCCAGCCUUCAACUAAGUUACCUGACACAGAGAACUUCAAUGUGACUUUUGUUAAAGCAGUCGAUGACAAUGCUGCAAUAUAUGAUGCUAAAAGUAAAACAGAGAUGAACAAGAGAAAUCAUGGAAGAUCCUGGCACGAAAAUUCGAAUAAACAGAACUCUAUAGAAGAGAGAAAAAGAGAGAGAGAGAGAGAGAGAGAGAGAGAGAGAGAGAGAGAGAGAGAGAGAGAGAGAGAGAGAGAGAGAGAGAGAGAGAGAGAGAGAGAGAGAGAGAGAGAGAGAGAGAGAGAGAGAGAGAGAGAGAGAGAGAGAGAGGAGAGAGAGAGAGAGAGAGAGAGAGAGAGAGAGAGAGAGAGAGAGAGAGAGAGAGAGAGAGAGAGAGAGAGAGAGAGAGAGAGAGAGAGAGAGAGAGAGAGAGAGAGAGAGAGGGAGAGGAGGGAGGGAGAGAGAGAGAGAGAGAGAGAGAGAGAGAGAGAGAGAGAGAGAGAGAGAGAGAGAGAGAGAGAGAGAGAGAGAGAGAGAGGAGAGAGAGAGAGAGAGAGAGAGAGAGAGAGAGAGAGAGAGAGAGAGAGAGAGAGAGAGAGAGAGAGAGAGAGAGAGAGACAGAGAGUGAGAGAGAAGCCACCAAGGCAUGAGAGGCUGCCCCGAAGGAAGAGACCGACGACAAUGUUAUCAGAGCAAGCAGAUGUGUGUGCCGGGGACAAAGGAGCUAGGAUAGCCUUCAGAUAA